AUGUCACUCUUGAACCCACCCAAACUUGUCGCCUCUACUGGAGCAACAUAUAAUUGCUCUGUCACCGAAACCUCUGCCAGGGAAUUGUCCGUGCAGAAAUGGUCAGGCCUAGGAAACCCACAUGAGAGUAAUCUCUUUAAGAGUGCGCAGUGGUCCCCGGAUGGAUCUUGUGUCCUUACCAACAGCGAAGACAACAUUCUCCGCACGUUUGUCCUGUAACGAUGUUCCUCUUGUUCUCUUCGCAUGGCUUUGAUUUGUAUCGUACUGACGCAUCUAUGCUGAGAAAAAAAGACCGGUGGAUCUUCUCGACCAUUCCAAUGAACCGAAACCCCUAACACCCUACUCGCAAACAGCAUCUGCGGAACCAGUAUCGUGCGCCACGAUUUACCCCUCAAUGUCCCUCACUGAUCCAGCUACCUGCUGCUUCCUAAAGUCCACACGCGACCAUCCGGUCCAUCUACACGACCUCCUCCUGACAAACACCCGCGCAUCAUACCCGCUCAUCAACCACCAAACCGAAAAGUAUCUCUCCCCGCAGUCGAUGCUUUUCACCCCCGAAGACGCAAACAAGUUUGUCGUUGGAGCCACUUCCCAGAUAGCCUUCUUUGACCUCCAGCGGCCCGGUGAGGGGCCGUAUCUAGAUCUUAAAACUAUCCCGACACGACGGAGCGUGCAGACCUGCGAAACAAUGAAAGGGGUUGUCUCGGCCUUGGCUAUCAACAAUGGCGUUCUUGCUGCCGGGACACUUUCUCGGCAGGUGGGACUCUAUGAUGGUUGCGGAAGUGGAAGUACCAUCGGUGUGUUCACAGUUGAUGGCGAAGGUGGUGGGAUCACGCAAUUGCUAUGGAGCAAAUGUGGGAGGUAUCUAUAUGUCGUUGAGAGGAAGAGUGACACAAUAGCCGUUUACGAUGUUCGAGUUGCUGGUGAGAAGAUGGAGAGCCUUAAAGGGAGGAUGGCGCAGACAAAUCAGAGGGUAGGGGUCGAUAUUGCAUAUUCACUCGAAGGAGAAGUGGUAUCCGGUGGUAUUGAUGGGAUGGUUAGCGUUUGGGAGGCUAGUGGGAAGGGCGAGAAGGCAUUUGAGUGGAAAGCUCACGACGAUGUAGUCAGUGGCGCAGCAAUUCAUCCAGGGGGCGUGGUCAUGGCUACUUGCUCGGGCACUAGGAAACCGGGCAGCCUUGACGAGGCAGAUCAUGAGGGCUCAGAAGAAAGGAGGUGGGAUAAUAGUUUAAUGAUUUGGGCUCUUUGAAGAAAUUUCAGUGCCCUGACCCAAAAACCUCUCGGUGAGCAAAAAUCGAGAGAAAGUUGAAAGAGGGAAAACCAAUUUCCCGGAUACUCCUGCCCCGGACUUGACCGCAUCUGCAAUGUUCGCAAUAUCACCAGGCCUCGCAGUGACGGACCAAACUACCGCUGGUUUCCGAGGCCUACGCUAGGCUUCAGCAAACUACGAAUACAGUCAGUAGCUCUUUGGAUGAAGUAUUUCGGAUCAGAACUAGCAAACUCAGGUCAACUACCGGAGACAGGCUUCGCUGGUCAUUACGGAUCCCACUCUCUAAUACAAAACGACUUCCUCCUCUGUUCCAGACGAAACCAUGGCGCUAGAUGACUAAGAUCUGAGUCAGGGUUGGUCUCGUUCUUGGCACAAACAUUAUUCUUACCCCCUUAGGGGGUGUUUCCGUGUUUGAGACGUCUCGAAUCUGCUUCAAAACUACGAGCAACUCCUAUUGCCGAGAGUCAUGGAAUAUAUAUCUGUGAAGAAAGCCCCUGGGCUUCCUCGUCCCCAAUUCACCCUUUCCACCGCUAAAGUUUAAUUCCAAUCUUCCCUUGCGUAUUCACUUCUCUAGAAAGGCCGGUACCUUUGUAUUCAAACCAGACCUCCCCCUCAGCAUCAAAGAAAUGGUAAUUCACCUCCUUCUCAUUUUCCCUCGCUGCGCUAACAGCGUUUUCCAGCCCGGUCAGCAAAAACUCGUUCUACACCCUCCAAACUCCCCAGCACUACACCACUUCGUCUCCCUCCUGGGCACAGUUUCCCACAACGAAGCUUCGCUGAGCUCCCUGCGCGCAUACGUGCAGUCAGAGCUGCACCUGCUUAAUAAUUAUUUCGCUGCCACAGCUGCGCGCCUAACCGCCCUCCUACCACUAACUAAGCCAUCCAGCACGGCCAAUCCCACGGAGCGACAACAUGCCGUCGAAGAGCGGAGAGAGAAGUGGGCGGAACUGCACGCCAUGGAGAAGUACAAGGCGGAGAUUGAGCACUUGCAGGAGAAUGUUCGUCGGAGGGAGGAGCUGGAGAGCCGGCUUCGCGGUUUGCUGAGGGAGGUCGGUGAGGUCUUGUUAGAGAGGGAGGUGUUGGCAGGGGAGGGGGGCGGGAUAGACGCAGUCUAGUUAUGGUUGUAUUGUUGUGUGGGAGGUUAGGGCAAUCGGCUUAUUAUUUACUUAUUUGUUUAUUUAUCAUAGGCACAGGUGCUUGUAAAAAAGAAGAGCCAUCGAAAAUGCUGUUCCGUUCCAAUACGGUACCGUCUUGCAGCCAAGUCGAUCC